GAGAGAGCUUGAGCAUUUCAUUUUUCAGGGAAGCAAAGAUGGCCACAGCCAGAGCUGUAGCCACCAUGGCGAUCUUCCUCCUGAUCGCGCUCUCCGCCUCCCACAUGGCGUCCUCCCUCCGCCUUGGCGUGUGCCGCGCCAGCGGCUACCUCCCGGGAAGGUCCGGCAACUGCGAGAAGAGCAACGACCCGGACUGCUGCGAGGACGGCAAGAUGUACCCGCAGUACCGGUGCUCGCCGCCGGUGACCGCGAGCACCAAGGCCGUGCUGACGCUCAACAGCUUCGAGAAGGGCAAGGAUGGCGGCGGCCCGUCGGAGUGCGACAACGCCUACCACAGCGACGAGGAGAAGGUGGUGGCGCUCUCCACGGGGUGGUUCAACAACAUGGCCCGCUGCGGCCACCGCAUCAAGAUCUCUGCGAAUGGCAACUCCGUGUACGCCAAGGUGGUGGACGAGUGCGACUCUGUGCACGGCUGCGACGACGAGCACAACUUUGAGCCACCCUGCGACAACAACAUCGUCGACGCGUCGCCGGCGGUCUGGGACGCCCUGGGGCUCGACCAGAGCGUCGGCAUGGUGGACAUCUCCUGGUCUGACGUGUGCCGCGCCAGUGGCUACCUCCCCGGCCAGUCCGGCAACUGCGAGAAGAGCAACGACCCGGACUGCUGCGAGGACGGCAAGAUGUACCCGCAGUACCGGUGCUCGCCGCCGGUGACCGCGAGCACCAAGGCCGUGCUGACGCUCAACAGCUUCGAGAAGGGCAAGGACGGGGGCGGCCCGUCGGAGUGCGACAACGCCUACCACAGCGACGAGGAGAAGGUGGUGGCGCUCUCCACAGGGUGGUUCAGCAACAUGGCGCGCUGCGGCCACCGCAUCAAGAUCUCUGCGAAUGGCAACUCCGUGUACGCCAAGGUGGUGGACGAGUGCGACUCCGUGCACGGCUGCGACGACGAGCACAACUUCGAGCCGCCCUGCGACAACAACAUCGUCGACGCCUCGCCGGCGGUCUGGGACGCCCUGGGGCUCGACCAGAGCGUCGGCAUGGUGGACAUCACCUGGUCUGAGGAGUGA